AUGGCAAAAUUCUUAGCAACCGUCAAGGCGAUUAUCACGCGACUGGUUUUCGCUUCUCACGGUUUCAUAGCUAUUUGGCAAGUGACUACUUUUAAGAAGAAUCCUCUCUUUUGGUACCUCAGCUCUCCCAUCCUGCUAUUGUUUCUCGAGGGCAUCUUUACACUCACUAUAAAAGAGAACCAAGAAUGGAAAUGGUUCUGCCCGUCGGUGUUCCUAUACCUCAGCAGCGUGGUGCCCGCUAUAUGGCUUCUAGAGUUGGAUAAGGUCGACAGAAGACUGAAAGCUUUCGAAUCUAAUGUCAACAUAUCGGAGAACUUGGACCUGGAUCUGACCAACCUGGCUGCGGAGGAUUUGAAGCAUUUGGAGAAGGCGUUAGGUGUGAACAUUCACUUGCCAGACAUUCAAAUAUCUACGGAAACGUGGGUCACUCUGAUAGAACAAUUCCUGAUGCUGGUCCUGAUCAUUGGAAGGUGGAUGCUGCCGAAGGGUGACCUGACGCGUGAUCAACUGAGUCAAUUGUUGCUAGUUUACAUAGGGACGGCUGCCGACAUCAUAGAGUUCUUCGACUCUUUCAAGGAAGACAGAAUAGCUCGUGAACCCGUGCUGGUGUACCUGACACUAGGCAUUUGGGCGUGGUCUUUGAUGCAAUUCACUGUCGUACUGACUGCUACCAAGUCCAGGAAAUCCAGGUUGUCCUCAGGGAAUGCUGUGAAAAAGAGGAUGCACAAUGAAACCAGCUGUUGCAGCAUCGACGUAUGGGGAAUUGCCUUGAACAUGCUUCUUCAGGAUGGUCCUUUCCUGGCAUUCAGGCUAAUCCUCAUCAUUCACUACAGCAUCGUCAGCUACAUGAACAUCUUCUUCACUUGCAAGAAUACUCUGGUCAUACUUCUGCAGCUCUACAGGCUGUACGUAGUGCAAACGGAGAACAAAAGCAAGCAGAAAAAGAAGCCUGUUAUGGGUAACAUCAGCAUCAUUUCGAAAGGUGAUGUAUAUAGGGAUGUUAGGGCCAGGAAGGUCUGCGAAAACAGAAGAAGAAAGAAAAAGAAGGACAGAGAUGUGGAGGCUAACUACACGGACAGCGAAGAGACCACUGAAGAGACAGAUAAAUUUGAUUCCUCUCCUAGAAACAUAGGCCAUUCUAAACGAAAAUCUAGGCAAGACACUGGCUACUCCACGUCCAGUUCUCGCAACUCUGCGAAGCGGAACAGGUCGCAAAAGAAUGAACAUAAAAGGAGAUCUGCACACAGAGAGGAAUCGAAGCACGAAGUUUCCUCUGACGAUGAGAGACGCAGGAGGAGAAGCGAGAAAAAGUCGUCCGAGAAGAGCGACAAGAAGCAUUCUGAUGGAAUCAGAUCAAAAUGCCGGAAUGACGAUUCGAGUAAAAGUUCUAGUAAAAGCAAAAGGUGUAAGGAGAACAGCGAGGACGAGUCCACGACUGAAGAAAUGGUUGUGAAGUCUGUUAGCGAGGAAAGCGAGUCAGAAUCAGAGAAAAGGAGCCAUAAACGAUGGCUUGGUGUUGACUACAACCGUGAAAAGAAGACUUUCUAUCAGCUAACUCCAGCAAAUUUACAUUUAAUUUCUCUAUGUUUGAUACAAGUGACCGAAAUGUCUGAAGAAUGUAUUUGA